CUGAGCAGGAUAACCGGAACAGCGCUGCGGAACCAUAGCUACGACAUGGGUAAACAGGAUGAGACCGAUAAAUCUUUUCAUUUCAUCUCAGCCGGGAAACUGUUCCGAAACGCGUUUGAUAUGACAGGGGGGACUCCCUGCGGGACGCCGAGUAAAGGUCAGAACAAAUUGAGCUAAUCCGCUUUCCUUCUGAGCUGCGCAUCGCCACAGCCACACCUGCAUCAAAAAAGUCUUCGCGAACACCUGCUACAGCACCAUCGCGCACGACUGUAAAUUUACGCAAAGAAAGCUGCCCUGGAACAGCGCGUAUUUCGCGUCGGACAGGACCUACAUCACUUGCCUAAGACGCUCAAUUCCCAACCUGUCUAUCACGGUCAAUACACGGCUCUGUACUGUUAAACGUCAAGACAAGAACGCUUACGAGCAGCAAACAUCGCCGGAAGACCUGGAGAAGACUUCGCUCGCACCUGCUCAAUCCUUUAUACAGGAUUGGAGAGGGCCGGUCAGCGUUUGUGCGUGGAGGAGGCAGUGACUUCUCCCAUUGUCCCCCGACCAGUGGGCAAAGAGGAGAUGAGGGACCGGGCCAGCUGCGACAGGGACGCCAGCUGAAUGAGCGCAUUCAGCCCCAGGACAGCGCUGUCCCCUCCCUGUCCCAUCCACAGACAGCAGCAGUGAGCCCCCACACACCCCCAUGGCGCUUGGCAAGGACCCCUGCCCCCAGCGAGGAUGCCAGCCCUGAGCCGCUCGCUUCUGCCCGCGGAACAACGACACAGAGAGAAGAGCGGAAGAGCAGGCAGGGAGGAGGAAGAAGGGAGGACAUUGUGCGCUGCCGCGGGAGGCCCUCAUCACCAGGCCAACCCGCGGGUCAUCCUCCGAACCGGAGCGUCACAAACCCAGGGACUUCCACCGAGGCCAUUUUGCUAGUCUUAAUCUCCGUCUGUGCACUUUGAAUACGCCUGUGGACUUGCUGAGACCCACAGAAACUUCACCCUAAGGCUCUCUCUUUUUUUUUUGGCCUUACGGUCCCUAUGAAUUAUUGAGAGGACAGCUUUUUAUCCAACAGCAGCGCUCACUGGUUUUUCACAGCCUCAUCAGUACUGAUUGAAGGGAGGUGGCAUGGGGCUAUAGGGGUCAGACCAGACUGCAGCAAGAGGAGAGCAACCACAGGUCCGACAGAUGACCCUUUAUGCGGUUCAGGCUGCAGCCUCAGACUUGUGAUUCGUUUCUAAUUUGCAUCAUGCAAAUAUUAACAGAGAAUGGGAGGCUGGCUUUCUAUAGAUAUUUAAUGUAUGUUUACGAUCUCCCGGGAUUUACAAUUUGAUGGCCAUUUCAUAAAGGGUUCCGAGUUGAGACAAUAUGUCGUGAUACCAAGGGGCAAAUGGCAAUUGCAUUUGAAAGGACAAACUGAAGAAAACAGGAAUUGAAAGGCAGUUAAAACUGAACUUUUGAUUGAGGACAGUGGAGUGGGACUUAAGUGAAGUUAAUUGAAGUUCCGAGUUAUCGCUCUCGAGGAAAGCGCUUUAGGCACUAAAGCAGAAAAUGCGGAAUUAAGGAAGUCCAAGCCGAUGUGACGUUCCAGUUAUUUGAUUAUCUGAGUUUGGAACAGCAGCAAUUUUUUUUUUUUGAAGUCACUGAAGACCACGUGCACCUGUAAAAUAGUUGACCCAUUCAGGAACAGAAAUAUUGCAGACAAGAUCUGAGGAAGAGAUUAAAACUGUUAAUACUGGGUUGCUGAAUGAUAAAAGCUCAGACAGGAGGUGAAGUGGAUCUUCUAGGUGUCUGACCCGGAGCGUGAUCGGGGCGGGCGGGGAAGAUGCCAGAGCUGGAGGACUUCUCCCCGCCUCCGCGCAGCCAGCCGGACCCGGAGCAGAUCCAGAGGAACGUCCUGGAGGAGCAGGUGGAGCUGUGGUGGUUCCGGGAGCCGCGCAAGUCCCUGCUGUGCUACUGCGCCUCGGUGGGCCUGAUCCUGGGCUGCGGGCUGGGCGGCGUGGGCCUGCUCUCCACCACCACCAGCCUGUCCAGCGAGUGGCGGCUGGGCGUGGGCACGGCCCUCUGCCUGCUGGCGCUGGCCGUGCUGCUGAAGCAGCUGCUGAGCUCGGCCGUGCAGGACAUGAAUUGCGUGCGCAGCCGCCAGCGCAUCGAGAUGCUGAAGAGCGGCGGGCUGUCUGACCUGAUGGUCAUCCUGCUGACGGGCCUGGCCCUGCUCAUCUGCGGCACCGUGCUGCUCAACCUGGCCCUGGCCAGCGGCCUGCCCCGGCCGGGGCUCACGCUCAACGACAUGUUCAUCUCCGGGGUGGUGCUGCUGGCCGUGGGCGGGGCCACUGUGCUGGCCGUGGGUGUUUACUCCGCCGUGGUCUUCCUCCUGGAGAGGACGGGUCCCGGGCAGAGGCUGAGGGACCGGGCUGUGGGCGUCUUCACCAUUUCCGGCCAGAUGAACGAGGCGCGGAGAGAGACCACGUCCAGUAUGGCCAACCUCAUCUGAAGGCGGAGCUUUACAGUGACUUAAACACUGACCAAAUCCUGAAGGACUGAGAUGCUGCAUUCAGGUAUGUGGCAUCUGAAGGCCUACAAGCAACAUCCAUGUUCUUCAAUGUAUUACAUUUUCAAAAAGCAGGAUCAAACCUUGAAACCUCAUUGACAUGGCCUUAAUACAAAGCUGAGGAACCACUGAGUUGAAGUCCAUGUAUUCUCUACAAGGGCAGCUGUGCAGAGCCCUCUAAGAAACAAUCGCUAGAAAUCUUCCUGUGAUGGAUUCUGUGUCAAAAUGUGCCACUUCUGCAUACCAUCUGCUCUUCACUGCAUGUAGGAUCAGCACUCAUUUUACACACAUUUGUGUAAAACCAUGUGUCCUUCAUCCUCCUAUUCGCCUGUUUAUACUUGACGGGCAAAGGAGUCAAUGAUCAAAAGCAUGCCAGGUUGUGCUUCCAAAAUUUAAUUCAUUAGUCCAGGGCACUUUCUAAUGGGCAUCUUUGUGUGUGAUGAUGCUGUGGAUCACCCAUGUUAGUUUGCAUGUUUGGGGUCUCAUGCCCUGCUCUAGCACUGUAUAGCACUUAAAUCAAAUAAAAUUUUCCAUUAAUACACAGUUUAGUGGUUCUUACUAAGAGCUUAAUUUAACGUCACUAAGUGAAAUUCUUCUGGUCACCUGCAGCUCAACUCACAGGAGUAAAGUAGGUGCGGUCACUCCACACCUUUUAUGUACAGAACAUUCUCCUGCUACGUUAGCCAUAACCAUCAGUAUCUAAUGUAUAAAUGAAAUGUAUUCCGCUAACACUGCUGAACAAA